GACCCUGCACGCGCGCGAGCACACUACGUCACGUCCGAGGGGCACAGGCCUGCUGAGCAGAUCACGUCACCACAGUGACAGGAUGGGGUUCCGCGGCAUGGUGCUGGCGCCGCUACUCUCGCUGCUGCUCGGGUACGCGCUCAACCGCUUCCCUCCGGAGAUCAUAACCGAGAGCCGGUUCUACCGCGAAGAUCGGUUCGGACUCCGCUCGGCGCUCCAGCACGCGCACGAGCACAUAGUCAGCUCCAUAGAGGCGGUGGUGAGCCGCGCGGCCCCUCUGCGAGACGCGGUACUGCAAAAGUUCACCGGGAAGGUGUCUCAGCCGGCCCCACCCGGUCCCAAACUUGACAGCGGUGGCAGCUAUAAGAAGAAGCCGAAGAAGGGGAAGGACGGAGGGGUUGGGCGAGGGACCGUGACGCGUCUCUUCACGGCGGAGGAGCUAGCGGAGCACAGCGGCGCCGAUCCGUCCAAGCCGGUCUACAUCGCGCUGCUGGGUCAUGUGUUCGAUGUCAGCAAGGGUCGCCAGCAUUACGGGCCGGGCGGCGGGUACGCCUUCUUCGCCGGUCGUGACGCAUCACGCGCCUUCGUCUCGGGCGAUUUCUCCGAGGCGGGGCUGCGGGAUGACGUGGACGGUCUGAGCGGCCAGGACUAUAUCGGUCUCGAGGAGUGGCUCGAGUUCUACCGGCGCGACUACCGCGAGGUGGGUCUGCUGGUGGGCCGGUAUUUCGGCGAGGACGGCCGCGGCACCGAGCACCAGCGCCGCCUGCUGCAGCGGAUCGGCGAGGCGCACCAGCAGCGGCGCCGCGCGGACACCGACAAACAGCUGUUCCCGCCGUGUAACUCGGAGUGGAGCGAGGCGCGCGGCGGCCGCGUGUCGUGCUCGCGCCGUAGCGGUGGUGUGUCGCGUGAUUGGGUCGGCGUGCCGCGGCAGUACUUCACCGGCGGCGGCGGCAAGAAACGGUGCGCGUGUGUGCGGGACCGCGGCCCGCCCAGCCACGGGCCGGACGAGGGCGCCGACCGCGGGGAUCUGGACCACCCGCAGCUGGAGGAGUACCCGGGCUGUCCGCCGCGUGCCGACUCAUGCGCCAUCCGCGGCUGAGCGGCGGUGGGAGGGCGGUCGGACUGCACUCUGACGAAAAACGAGGCUUGUUUGUGAUACGGGCUAUAUUGAAGUGUCCAUUGGUGAUGGAAACUGACGUUGGUAAUAUGUGCUAAUUCGGAUAUCGUGCGGACUGAAUGACCUCAUAGAUAGUUAGGAUUAAUGUGUGUUGGCUGUGGUGACAGACGCACAAACGGUAACAAUACGAGGUUUGACAAUGGAAAAUGAACUUACCAAAGCUGCCAGAGAUCCUGGCACCAUGGAUAACUUGUUAUAGCUAGCGGUCCACUAAGGUAGCAGAGUUUCCGCGUAUCGUUUUACACCUAGUGAUAUAAUAUGUGGAUAAGACAUGACCUUUUAUUGCAUUGUAGGUAGUAUUUGACCCGGUUCACACUGACUUAUUGGAGCCCGUUACCUAUCAUAAAUCAUGGCGAUGAUCAGGUACUGUAGCAAGGUUGUGACGCGUGCCUAUAUUGCUCCUUGAUACUGUUGCCACGGAUUGUGAAUGCUGCUUGUCGAUAGUCAUCACUGAAAACUUGUUUGGUUCGUUCGCCAAUCCGUAUGUUAACAUGCCUUUCCAGUCUGGUUUAUUUUUAUUUUAUUGCAGGUUUUCGCUUGGUUUAGGCACGUUAUCUUCGAAGAUAUUUUCGAUAUUUUCUAUGUGACUCUUGUGAGUCGUGCGAGACGAGACAAGUCGCGCUAAUCGUGAUAGGGACAGUUUUGAUUUAAACUCCGUCCUUUUUGUUUAUUUAUGUUGUUCCUGGCAUUCAGCGACGUGUAGGCUCGAGGCAUCGCUCGAUUGACCCAUAUUACGAAGUUCAUAUUUGGUUGUUUAUCGCUGUAUUCUCAGAGUGAGUUGACUCCUGCUGAAUAUUGCCUACCGUUUUGACCCAUAUACUUGAAUGAAGGUUGUGUUUCUUGUGUAAUAAUUCGAGGAAUACAACACCCAGUGAUAAC